AUGAAAAUAGAUAAAAAUAAUUUUAUUUAUUUAAUACAGAGUAGGAGUCUUGAAAUUUAAGAUGAAUAUCAAUAGUUGGUUUAUCUAAAAUAUCUACCAUGUAACAAUAAAAUUUAGUAUAUUUAGAAUCUGUUUUUUAAGAAGUCAGUUGCAAAGUAGAUUCUGCUAGUUUAGGUUUAUGA